GUCGUCGCUUUAUAGAAAAACCAUGAUAUAUAGAAGAGAAGUAAAUCCCCGCGUAAACAUUAAUUUACAACCUAAUUAGUCCAAGCAAACCAGUUGGUUAGAGCUUAACAUGGGUAUCGAUGCUGAGUUUCAGGUCCCAGUCAUCGAGUUCCGGACCGGUUCGCCGGAUUUGGAGCGAGGAACCGAAGGAUGGCACCAAAAUUGCAAGAGAGUUCGAGAAGCUUGCGAGAUGUACGGUUGUUUUCAGGUGGUAUACGAAAAGAUAUCGCGGAGAGUCCGAGAGGAGACUUUUGCAUUGUUGAAAGAUCUGGUGGAGGAAGUUCCAUUGGAGAGGAAACAGAUGAACGCUAAUCCCAAGCCUUACCAUAGCUACUUUGGACCGUGCAGUCAGGAUUCUUUGUACGAGGGCUUCGGAAUUGAAGACGCCUCCAACUACGACUCUGUUAAAAGCUUUGCUCACAUUAUGUGGCCCGAUGGUCACCCCUACUUUUGCGAAACUGUGAACACAAUUGUGAAACAAAUGGAGGAGCUGAAUAACAUAAUCUGGUUAAUGAUAAUCGAUAGUUAUGGAUUAGGAGAGAAAUGGGAGACCGUGAUGAUGAACAGCAAAACACUGCUGAGGAUGAUGAAAUAUAUGUCCCCUUCGUCGGGGGAGUAUAGGAGAGGACUACACGCUCAUACUGAUAAACCAGUUAGUACAAUCAUUUGCGAGGAUCAAAUUCCAGGGCUGGAAAUUGAGGGCAAGGACGGACAAUGGAUCAAAUUGUCUUCAUCUUCUACUUCCUUUGUGUUUCUGGUUGGAGAUCCCCUCAUGGUAUGGAGUAAUGGAAGAAUGAAAGCGGUGAAACAUAGAGUGAUGAUGAACGGUGAUAAAGAUCGAUAUUCUAUAGCGGCUUUCACAAUUCCAGUUGAGGGUACGAUAAUUAAAAUACCUGAAGAACUUAUAGAUGAACAACACCCUCGACUCUUCAAGGACUUUGACUUCAUGGACUUCCUCUUGUUUUCCUUUUCGGAGCAAGUGAAGCUCAUCGACUCAGCCGAUCAGAUCUACACCUUUGCUUCUCUCUCACCCUUAUUUUCCGAUCAAAACCAUGCUCAUAUUGACAAUUAA